AUGAAAUCCCUGUUCGUGUUCGCACUGCUGCUGGUCGCCGUGACGGCGUACGCUACGCCCGACAGACGUGUCGUUGGUGGCGAGUUGGCCACGCUGGGCCAGUUCCCGUACACCGUUGGAUUGAUCACGCGUAUCAACAUUCUGCUGACGAGCCAGUGCGCUGGUUCGCUGAUUUCGGCCAACUUCAUCCUCACGGGAGGUCGUUGUGUGUCUGGAAUCCAGAGUGCUGUCGCUGUGCUCGGUGGUCUGCGCAUCAACGACGCGAACGAGGCUGGUACCAUCCGCAUCACCGUCACGGACUUCAUCAUCCAUCCGAACUACGAAACCGAGCCUGACAUCUUUGAUGUGGCGUUGAUUCGCACGCCGCUGCCGGUGCCGUUCAACGACCGUGUGCGCCCCGUACGUCUGCCGAACCGUCGCCAGGUUACGGCUACCUUCCUCAACCAGCAGGCCACCGUUACCGGCUGGGGACGCUUCGGUCAGGGUACGGCCAACUCGGAGGAGCUGCGCUUCGCUCGCUCGCAGGUCAUUUCGACGCUUGCCUGCCGCAUCAGCCUGCCGACCAAUACGAUCCUCGACGAGCACGUGUGCACCGAUGGUGCCACCAACUCACCGUGCCAGGGUGACUUUGGCGCUCCGGUCACCAUCGUCGACGCCGAUGGUACCACCACGCAGAUCGGUGUGUUCUCGUUCAUCUCGAUCCUGGGUUGCGAGUCGGGCCGUGCCGCCGUGCACACGCGCAUGUCCUCCUACCUGGACUGGAUCGGCCAGAACUCGGACGUCGUGAUUCGUGACGACUUUUAA